AGUUCGGACAGUGGUCGUUUCUUGCGCGUGGCGGAGGUUGCAGACCCCCACCAUCCCCUCCCCGACCCCCAUCACCCGGCAGGACAGACCGCCGUCCUUUCCCCGGCUGGGCCAGUGAGCCGAGCGUCGAGCGAGGAGGACCGUCCCCCGAGUGCGAGGAAGACCUGGCUUUGGUGCAAGGUGGCGACCAUCUGCCACACUGUUCCUCCCCAGGUUGGGCAGCUGUUUGGCGUCUGGACUCUGAAGCACUCUCCCAAGCGCUUAGUACAGUGCUCUGUACACAGGCGGCCACUUCCUCUGGCCCUCCCGCCGCCUGGACGUGAGACUGCUGUGACCAGGCAGAGCUGAGCCCACCCCCACCUCUAUCGGACUCCAGAGCUCAAGAGGUGCAGCAUGGCCCGCACCUGUCUGCAUUGCAUCAAGUAUCUCAUGUUUCUCUUCAACCUCCUCUUCUGGCUGGGCGGCUGCGGCAUCCUGGGCGUGGGCAUCUGGCUGGCGGUCACCCAGGGCAACUUCGCCACCCUGUCGUCCUCCUUCCCGUCGCUGUCGGCCGCCAACCUGCUCAUCGCCACCGGCGCCUUCGUCAUGGUCAUCGGCUUCGUCGGCUGCGUCGGCGCCGUCAAGGAGAACAAGUGUCUGCUCCUCAGCUUUUUCAUCAUGCUGCUACUCGUCUUGCUGCUGGAGCUCACGGUGGUCAUCCUCUUCUUCGCCUACACGGACAAGAUCGACAAAUACGCUCAGCAGGACCUGAGGGAUGGCCUGCACCUCUAUGGGACCGAGGGGAACAUUGGACUCACGAAUGCCUGGAGCAUCAUCCAGACUGACUUCCGGUGCUGCGGCGUGUCCAACUACACGGACUGGUUCGCCGUGUACAACAGCACGCGCGUGCCCGACUCCUGCUGCCUGGAAUUCAGCGACAGCUGCGGGCUCCACUCGCCCGGAACCUGGUGGAAAGCGCCCUGCUACGAGACGGUGAAGACGUGGCUGCAGGAAAACCUCCUGGCCGUCGGGGUCUUCGGCCUGUGCACCGCCCUCGUGCAGAUCCUGGGGCUGACCUUCGCCAUGACGAUGUACUGCCAGGUGCUCAAAGCGGACACGUACUGUGCGUAGCCGGCUCCCGGACCGCGCUCCCCCGACCCCCGGAGGACCCAGCCGCCCCCCUGUAAGACUUUGCCGCGCCCCAUCCCCCGCCAGACCCUCCCGCGCCCCCUCUCCUCCCCCUGAAGACUCCCCCCUUGUUGUGGGGGAGACAGUAGGGAAGGAGGAGGGUCCCAGGACUGACUCCGGCCUCCAAGGGGCGCCUGCAGGAUGGGGCCGCCGGGACGCCGUCACGCCUCCGGGCAGCCGCCCGAGGAAGCGCGGGUGCUGCCUUCUCCCCUAUCCCCACCCUGGGGGUCGCAGCUGAGACCCCGAAGGACCCCCUCCUCCCACCUUGGAGGCCCACCCUCCCGCCCCCUGUCCCCUCGGGAAGCCGGCGUGGGUCCGACGGGUCUUCCGCUGUUUCCCCGGGCCUCUCUGCUACCGACCGAGGGGGUGUCCCGGCCCCGCCGGGGUCUGCCCGGGCUCUGGGGCGGUGAGGAUUGGGGUCCGCUCGCCCCGGCCCCUUCGCCCCGUGGAUCUGGAGAGAAUGGGGGUUCCCCUUCCGUCCCCGCCCCCCCCCGGGCUCCUCUCUGCAACGGGAGAGCAGGCUGGGUCCAGGGGUCACGGAGUCCGGGCGGCCCGGCUCCGUCCGUCCGUCUGACCUUCCCGGAGCCCACGUAAGCCCCAGAAGAACCCAUGUGUGAGCGUGUGUGGGUGUGUGCGUGCACGUAUGAACGCGUGAGCGUGUGCUCGUGUGAGGCGAGGUGGGCGCCUGCUCCCAGGCGUGUGACUGUGGCUCCUCCCCGUCCCCCCGGUGGCCACUCACCCGCCUCUAAGCUCGGUAGCCGGGGGCCGCCGGGAGUCGGGCCUACGGCUUCCCCGGGGGUCCCGGGGCUUCCCCGCCCGAGGGUCCCUCGCAGCUCCUAACCUAGAAGGAAGCGGGGAGUCCCAAACCCCGUGACGCCCCCCGCACCCCCCACCUGCCUCCCGCCGGGACCCUCCCCGGCGUGGAAACCAGACGGGCUGGUGCCUGGCACUGGCACCUUCCUUCUCACACCAGCCUUGCAGAUAACUCAGAUCUUACCAGCCCGCCGGGCCUCGCCGGCCCCGACCGUUCAGCCACCGUAACAUCCUUCACCCCUGGGCGGGAGAAACGUCCACGCCUGCUGUGGGCCCGGGCUUGGGGGGGUCCCCGCUGUACCCCCACCCCCGGGAUCUCUCCUCUCUCUGCCCCAGGGGGAGGGUCUGCAGGCUGAAGCUGAGCUCCUCUCGGAAGCUCCGAGUGCUCGUGGAGAGCCUGGGAGAGACAGCGGGAGGGAGAAAGCCAAAGGGGUGGCUGGGGGUGCCCCCUUCACGACCAAAACGAGCCCCCCACCCCCCCAGCCCGGGCUCCCCGUGACCAUGCAUUUGAUUGUAUUUUGCCCCGCUUCCUGGCAUAAUCUUGGCAGCUCGUGGCACGGGGAAUUAAAUCUAGCAAUGAGGGGACUAGGAGAGAAAAGAGAAGAGAAAAAGGAGAAG